AGGUGCCGUUGUAAAGAGAGAAUGGCUGAGUGUGUCGCCUGUAAACAAAGCAGCAUGGCACAGUACACGAUACACAAUGUUCGCUUCUUUGACUUCAACCCCAAGGCGAUACACUGCAUGAGCUACGACGACGCGACGAGCAGAUUGGCGCUGUCCAGAACUAAUGGAGACAUUGAAAUAUGGAACUGCUGGAGCCGGCCCUUCAUGCAGCUGUUCCUCCCAGGGGACAACGACAGCUCUGUGGAGGCGAUGGUGUGGUGCCAAGGCAGGCUUUUCAGUGCUGGCCUCCACGGUUUCCUGCUGGAGCAUAACCUGGCCUCUCGGGAAGUCACGCUUCGCACCCCCAUCACCGGUGGCCCCACGUGGUGCCUCGCACUCUCUAAGGACAAGAAAAAAUUGGCUGCUGGCACGGAGAGAGGAUACGUGUGUAUAUUUGAUGUGGUGGACAGUGGAGUUAUGUACGACCGGGCGCUGGAGAAACAAGAAGGUCGUAUUCUUCACAUCGCGUGGCACAUCAGUGGGGAUUAUAUAGUGACUGGCUCGGUGAAUUGUGUGCGGGUGUGGUCACUGAAGGAAGGGCGGGUGGCCCGGUGUGGCCUGGGUGCCGCCGAUAGGAAGGAUGAGGUCAUUGUGUGGUGUGUGGGCAUUCUGGAUGACAUGACCCUCGUUAGUGGUGAUUCCAGUGGACGGGUCUGCUUCUGGAAUGCUGAGCUGGGCACUGUCACCCACAGUGUCCAUACUCACAAGGCGGACAUCCUCGCCCUCACCGUAUGUCCCGAUCAGAAGUCUGUCUAUGUUGCUGGUGUGGACCCAACCAUUGUUCAGGUGAGCCGCGUGGAGACAGGCACCAAGAAGGGCAAGGUGGAGAUGUGGGUUAAGGGCAUCCAGCGAUCCAUACACACCCAUGACGUGCGGGCCCUCGUUGUCACUGCCACCGAUCGUGUCUACUCUGGGGGCGUGGACACCAUCCUUACACUGAGUUACUUCCCACCAAGGACUGUCUGCAAGUUCCCGGCUCUUCCUCCUCUUGGCUCCAUCUCUGUGGCCCGGGAGGCUGAGUCACUCCUGCUGCAGUACAGUGACCAUGUGGAGCUAUGGAGGCUUGGGGCGUCUUCCAAGAAAGGGGGAAAAUCAGGCACCUUCCUCCCAGUCACUAAGGACCGAGUAAAGCUGCUGGAACUGCAAGGCAAAGAUGACGAGGUGAUCCAGUGGUGUGCCGUGUCUCCCAAGGCACGGUGGAUAGCAUACCUCGUCCAGGGCAGCCUCCGGAUCUACCAUUUCACUCCACCAGCGUCUGGGAAGCAGCCUCGGGUACAGCGAGUGAAAGAGGUGAGCCAAGAAAUAAAGAAGAGUCACCAGAUGCUGUGGCUGAGUGAAGGAAAACUGGUCUCUGCUGCUGUCACUGGGGCCAUUCAGAUAAUUAAUGUGUCAGGGAGUAAGGCUGAGCUGGAGAAAGAGCUCACCCUUAGUCCAGGACACAGCGUUCUCCAGAUGACCUGCGACUUGGAAGGCAAGAUGCUCGCUGUUGUGGACAGCAAGAAUAUCAUCACAAUCUUUGACAUUGAGAAAGAAACAAUUUCUGUCCUCCCUGGGCACAGCUCUCCCUGCACAGCCGUAGGGAUCCACCCACUUACGAAGGAGGUGGUGGCAGUGUACGCAGACAUGAGCAUCAAGGAAUAUGACCCAUCCAAGCAAUGCUAUACUGCAUUCUGUCGGCAGCACCUCAACGAGCCGUCCUCAGAGCUGGCCAAGAAACACUCGGUGAUCUUGAGAGUGAGCUUUGAUCCAGACCGCCCUGACCUGAUCCUCCUCCACAACGAGUCAGCCUUUGUGGUGGUGCAGAAAGACAAGAAGGCGGCUGAUGUGAGUCAGGAAAAAGCGCCUAAGGUUAAGAAAGUCACGUCUGGCUCAAGUCCGGGGAAAGGGGCUAAGGCAGGGAUAGGCGCUAAGUUUAGUGUUAUCAGAAGACCGAACCAAGUGUUACUGUUCAGCCAGAUGAAGGGAGAGGCUGUGGUGAGUGUGGAGUUGAAUCCCCUGCAGGUAAUGGAUAGGCUGCCCUCACCACUCAAGGUUAAGAAGUAUGGUGGCACGUGAAUUAAGACAAUUUUAGUGCAAUUUUCAUGUUUUUUAUCCAUCAUUGUUUUUCAUUCAUCAUUCAUCACCAAUUUUCUAAACUACACUGUAAUUAAAGACCAUGAGUCACUAAGGCAGCAGAUAACCAUUCUUUUAACAUCCAGAAAAGGGACGUAGACAAACAUUGCAACUUUGCCAGCUGUACGUCAUCCUGUUAUGAAUUCCUUAGAGAGGGACAGAGACUAGAAACACUCGAGAGAAAAUAAACUCGCAACACAUCACUAACCAAAACAAAACAGCAAUUACCGUCAGACAAUAUAUAGUUAGCUUAUUCAUAAUCCACAUCAUUGUAUCAUUGUCAUUAUUAUAGGGUUGUCCACAAGGUACCCCUUUCCAUCGGGGGCUGUGUGUUUGUGUUUCAAGGUGAUGCAUACGCUAAGGUACAUGCAUUUUUGUCACAAAGUGUUUUGAAAUUCCCGGGUCAAAAAAUCAACCAACACUUUGGCAACAUCCAGGUAGAAAAAAGUUUUGUCUUCUGAUUAAUUCAAAUGACUGUAUGAGUGUGUGGUAAUUUGUAUAACCCUUUCUGCCUCUGCUGGUCAGGUGUAUAGAUAAAACAUUGUCACUAUCAUCAUCAUCAUCAUCAUCACAAGGGAUAAAUUGUGGGAGGAACAGAACAGGAAUCAGGAAGGAGGUAAACAGAUCAUGAAUUAUUACAAACAUUAUCUGUUGUAAUAUGAUUUGUGUGAAGGAUGUAAGAAAAUGUGAGGAUUAAAUUGUUACAUUGUA